CCUCCCGGAACCCAACGCCGCCAUGACCGGAGCUCAGCUCCUAGACUUCGCUGAUUCCAAAGCCUCGAACUUUCUCUGUGGCCUCCCAUUGCCGCAACAUCUCAAAACGGCUGGUCUUUCCCGUCUCUCCUCCUCCUCUUCUCCCGCUGAUGACUUCACUUUCCGGUCUACUGUGUUCACCCCAGAUCAAGCCUCUCAGAAACUCAAAGAUUACUUCGCUGCCAUCGCCGAUGAAUUAAAAGAUGAUCCGCUUGUGUUGCGAAUUUGUGAUGGGGAGUCUUUGAAGCCCGUUCUAGAGGAUGAAGAUGAUUUCGCCAUGUUAGCUGAGAAGGUCUUCACUGAUUUGGACGUAGAAGAUAAGGGGAAGAUUCCGAAGAGUGAGAUAAGGAAUGCACUUGUUCUCCUCGGAGUUGGAAUGGGCAUUCCUCCAUUUUCAGAAUUUCCUCAGAUAAAUGAUAUCUUAAAGAAACAUGGAGUUGAUGAGGAACAAGAGUUGGGGCAAUCACAGUUUGCAGAAGCACUCCAAUCUGUUCUAGAAGAAGUAGCAGAUGCCCUGGCUGAAAACAAUGUGACUGUUUUUGGGGACACCAAGAUCUUUAAUGGUUCUAGGCUAAGAAAGCUUUUGGCAGACAAGGACCAAUUUAACAGUGUUGUGGAGAAGAUGCUGCCGGGAAACCACAGUGGACAAGAUGGCCAAGCAACUGUGGAGUUAAUCCGCGCCUUCCUUGUGGAAAAUGGAACAGAGUUGGGCGUCCCAGCCCCAUCAGAAUUCUCUGAAUCUGUGGAUCAUCUUUAUGAUGAAGUGUUUUCUGAAGUCAAAGAUGGUGUUGCACUAAAGCUAGAUGACACUAGGGAAUUGGUGAAGGAAAUCCUCAUGAGCUUUGUGCAGAAGCUCGAAGCGAAUCCCAUAUAUAUUGAGGCCUAUGAGUAAGGAAGAUGCUCGUCUUCCUGCAAACUGUGUAUAUCAGAUUCUUUGGUUGGAAGGGUUUGUAUAUGCAGCACUAAGAUUGAAGUUCAUGAAGCUCCCAUGGGAACUUUUCUUUUACCUUGUUAAUAUGCUGCCUUUAUGGCAUGUUUUAGGGUUCAUACAAUAAUUUUUUAUGAUAUGGUUUACACAGUAUGUAGCAUUAUAGUGAUUGAAAGACAUAACCUAAAACCCUUUGGGACAGUAAUACAGAAUGUAUACAUGCUCUUUUUCAAAGGGCAUUUCUGCAUUUUCAGGAAAGAAACAAAUUGAAGUCC